AUGCAGUCGACACUGCAGCAGCUGCAACACGACCUCGCCUUUCACGCGAAGAGACGCAUCGAGGCGGAGCGCGAAGCGGGCGGUCACUUGGCCUCAGCUCCCCGCCCCCGCCCAUCGAGUGACUCGGAGUCCGUCACCCCACUGCGGGCUGAGACGACGGCUGCGCAGCAGCGCCGCGUGGCCGACCCGGAUGUGCUCUCCGAAGCUGCUCGCAUUCAGCGCGCUCGCGCCGCCGCGGCCGAUGAAGGUCUCUCCGACGACCAGUCUGUCGAGGACUACGGCGUCGACUGCGAGGUGCCGCGGCUGACUUCGGACAGCUGCUUGGCGGACGAAGUGGCGGCCAUAGCGGUGUGCAUGGCGAAGAUAAAGGAGUCCGCCAAAGUCAUGUACGACACCGAGGCCGCUGCGCCGAGCACGUCGACGGCGCCAUGGUGGUCCUCUGCGCUGCACAUGCGGGACAUGAAGGCGUCCGCGGCCCGGCUCGACUACCAUGCCCGCACUGCAUUGAGCUGGUCGCACCGCUCGAGGGAGCAGCUGCUCUUGAAAGCGGUCAUGCUCAACAACGUGUCGGUGAGCACGCGCACGCAGCUCCUCGACCAACAGCAACACUGGCAGGAGUUCCAGACUCGACUUCGCGAUGGACAGGAGACCGUCAUGCACUUGCAGGCGGACAUCGCCCGAUACCAGGCGCGUGUGCAAGCUGAGAUGGCGCGUCGUGCUGCCCUGCAGGAGGAGCUGCGCCUCUGCUCGCAGGAGAGGGGCCUUGUUGACCCUGGCGAGCACAACCCACUGAAGGCAGAGCUGGCGUUGCUGCUCGAGGAGCGCGAGUGGCCCUCUGAUACACUUAAGAAGGACGCGAGCGUUGUGCUGGACUGGCUGCGGUCCGUCUCGACUACUCUCGAGUGA